AUUUUAAAUAAGUUAUUUAUAAGGUGUCAGCUACUGUAUAUACAAACUGCGUUACGACAUUCCAAGAGGCGCAAGGGAACAAGAAACUCCUCGUGCUUCUGGCAUGGCUGCGAGAGGUCCCCCGUCCGCUGCGGCGGUGCUGCCGUCUCCUGUUGCGAUGAAUUCAUCGCUCGGUCCCCAGGGUCGCGGCAGCAACUGUGAGGUCGAGUCUCUGGGCUCGUCCUCCUGUUCCUCAGCCUCCUCUGCAGCAUCUCAAUCGGUCAAUGGCAAGUACUACAACCCGGUGGUGAUGGAUAUUAUCCGCGAAGACUGGAUCCAGCAGCAACUACAACAGCGCCAAGCCUCGUAUACAGAAUUCCGCCCUACACGCGUCGUCACAGGCACAUGGAACGUCAACGCUAAGAAGCCUCUUGGUCCCGCUGAAGCGACUAAAAUUGUCGAUUGGCUGCACCCUACAACGACAGAGAGUCGACGAGAACCGCCAGAUAUUGUAGCCUUAGGAUUCCAGGAGAUUGUAGAUCUCAAUGCUGUUAAUGUGGUGGUCAAUAGCGCACUAACGGUGCAGCGCAGCUCGGCGUGGGAGGAAGCCAUGCUUACAGCUUUGAAUCGCUAUGUUGGAGCCUCUACAGCAGCUUCCGAGACUGCAGUACAAUACAGAGUGGUGUUGGAGAAGCAUCUGGUGGGAAUUCUACUGCUAGUGUUCGUUAGAACUGACCAUUGGGACCACGUGAAGGAGAUCAAAGGAGCUACCGCUGGUGUGGGGAUUAUGGGUGUCAUGGGCAACAAAGGAGGAGCUGCUGUGAGGCUUAAAUUCUAUAGCAGCACGCUCUGCUUUGUGUGCGCUCACUUGGCUGCUCAUCGAGAAAAUGUGGCUGGGAGGAAUGCUGACUAUCUCAAUAUUCUGAGUAAAAUUCAGUUCGAGGAGAAUGCUGAGGACGGAACUGUUGCGCCAGUACAAGAUCCGAGUGGCAGGUUUUGGAGCGGCGAACCUUCGAUUCUUAACCACGACUUCGUGUUCUGGAUCGGUGACUUAAACUAUCGUAUCCAGGAUACCUUGACGACUGAGGAGGUUUUCCGUCUUGCAGAGAGCGGGCAAUCGCUGAAUGAGCUGCAGCAACAUGAUCAACUAACGAACGAGAGACGAUCAGGGAGGGUCAUGAGAGGUUUCGAGGAAGGCCCGCUUACAUUUCCUCCGACGUACAAGUUCCAAGCUGGUACGUCAGAGUAUGAAAAACGCCCCGAAAAGAAACUGCGCGCACCAGCUUGGUGCGAUCGUGUGCUAUGGAGAGCGAAGAACCCGACGGACGUGAAGCUACGCAGCUAUUCCUCAGUUCCUGCUUUGGAUCUGUCCGAUCACAAGCCAGUUAACGCGCUGUUCGACAUCCAAGUGAAGGACCAAGUCGAGUCCAAGAAAAACGACGUCAUUCGUGAAAUCAUGAUGCAGUUGGACAAGUGGGAGAACGAGAAUAUGCCCAAGGUUCGGUUACUCCAGGAAGACGGCAGCACUACAAGCAGCGGCGUGUUUUCGUUCUCACAGCUCAAGUACGGCGUGGAGCAGAAGAAAAAGGUGAUUAUCGAGAACACUGGUCUCGUUGUGGCACACUUUCGGUUCAUUCCAAAGCUGGAAGAUGUCGCGAUAUGCAAGUCUUGGCUUAGUGUUGCACCCAUGUUUGGCAUGAUCCCACCUCGUGAAAAGAUGGAGAUCUCCAUCACCGCUCUCGUUGACGUGAAUGUCGCGCAUGGUCUCACAAGCGGAGAGGAGACGCUGGACGAUACAAUGAUCUUACGAGUUGAGAACGGACGCGACUACUUUUUAGUGGUUUCUGGACAAUACGCUAACUCGUGUUUCGGUAGCUCUCUGGAGCAAUUGGUGGCUUGCUCGGAGCCUAUCCGACAAGCGAAGUUCACAGCAGCUCGCUCUCCUGCAGCCUCGGUCUUUAGCGUUUGGGUUGGUGGCGCAACGGGUGUUGACGCUAAAUCCCUGAUGUCGCCACAGUCAUCAACUGGACCGCCGAGUUCGACUACACCGAGCGAUUCACAGAAGGUGCCGAAGGAACUUUGGCGAAUGGUGAACGACAUCUACGAGAACUACAUGCACGAGAAGAAUUUGUUUGUUGAAGCGGGUAGUAAAAUGGAGAUUGUACAGCUACGAGAAGCUCUGGACACAGGCGCUCCGUUUCCUCAACACAGUGGCUACUCCACGGCUGAGUUGCUGGUUCGUUGGCUUCAAGCUUUACGGCAAAGUGUGGUGCUGGACGAAGCGCUGGCAGCCGCCGUAGCAAGUACGAACGGCAACAUGGCACAAGGAUGUCGAGCGUUGCUGGAUGGGUUACCUCCAGUGCGAUACAACGUGGUGGUGUACUUGGUGUCUUUCUUACGAGAAGUGAUCAAACACAGAGCCACAAACAAACUGUCACCUGAGAAGCUGGCGUUCGUCUUCGGUCGGUGCCUCGUGUCGCCGUGUAGACGGAACUUUGGCAAAGACUCGAGUGUAGGGCGUGUCUUGGCUCUUGAUGAGCACCAGCAGCCCAACUCCCACUCAUCUACAGCCUCGACAGUGUCAAGCGUAGGCUCCAACCAGUCUAAUAUACUCGUUCCUUCAAAGAACGGUCCCCCCGAAGAGCGACUACGUCGAGAUGCCCACGAGUUCGAGGUCGCACAAGCAAACGCCGUUCAGCGAGCGGAAAAGAUGGAGAAGUUCCUUCUUCACUUCCUGUCCGUGCCAAUGCCGUGACGGAGAGACGUACGCAGGACUGACCCGUUCAUCCUGCAGAUUACAGACAGCUAGGGCAGUCCGACAGAGCUCGAGUUGUAUCAAUAGCCUUGCCUAUGCUGCAUCAAAGCUUAGCUGAUAUAUCGAACUCACUGUUUCAUUAACGCAUAGGGCGAUUUGUUGUCAGUCCUGGCCUGUCCACUUCGAUCGUGACUUACCAUGUUUACCUU